CACACCCUUCACAAACUCUCCCGAAUGGAUGAGGGCACUGCAAUGAGCACGCAGUUUCACAUACAGACGCACAUCACUAUGAAAAAGUGCACUAAAUGAAACCCUGUUUUUUUCUGUCAUGUUGCGCGUGGCAGUCGAGUCUGCGGCGGGUCUGCCCAAAAAGAAAUUGGGCAGUCCAGACCCCUUCGCAUCUGUGUUGUUUAAAGACGAAAAGAAGAAAACCAAGCACGUUAGCAGUGAAUUGAACCCAGUGUGGAAUGAGACGCUUGAGUUUGAUUUAAAAGGUGUUCCUCUUGAUUAUUCCUCCUACAUUGACGUGAUUGUCAAAGACUACGAAACUCUUGGCAAAGACAAGUUGAUUGGGUCUGCAAAGGUCUCUUUAAAAAACCUUGCCAGUAGCCAAGUUAAAUCUCUCCCAGUGAAAAACUUGGCUCUAAUGGACGAAAAUGGCAAGAGUAUAGGAGCAUCCAUCAGCAUGACGAUUGGCUACGAGCCACCUGCCGGUGCUGUGACAAACCCACAGGAUCAACAAAAUGGUAUGAACACAGCGGAGGGUGAAGAGGUAGAUGUCAAUGAUGGUGGGGGACAGGGCGCAGUCACAUCUCCUGGUGAGCCCGGCCAGAAAAUUUGGCCUAGGAUCAGAAAACGCCAUAGUUUGGCUAAUAAACCUCAAGACUUUCAGAUCCGCGUGCGGGUGAUUGAGGGACGACAGUUGCCUGGAAAUAACAUCAAACCUGUGGUCAAAGUGCAUGUGUGUAGAGAGACACACAGGACUAGGGUCCGGAAAGGAAAUAACCCGUACUUUGAUGAGAUAUUCUUUUUUAAUGUCAACAUGUUGCCCUCUGAACUGUUUGAUGAGGUUGUAAGCUUCCGGGUGUAUAACUCGAAUUCUUUCAGAGCAGACUGUCUCAUGGGUGAAUUCAAGCUUGAUAUUGGUUACAUCUAUGAUGAACCAGCUCACUGUAUUAUGAAGAAAUGGAUUCUCCUGAAUGACCCAGAUGACUCGAGCUCGGGAGCGAAGGGUUAUCUCAAAGUUAGCAUGUAUGUGCUGGGAACGGGUGAUGAACCGCCGGUGGAAAGAAAGCAGCAGGACAAUGACAAGGAUGAUGUGGAGAGUAACUUGCUGCUGCCCGCUGGUGUCGCUCUUCGAUGGGUUACUCUCAAACUCAAAGUGUUUCGGGCUGAGGACGUCCCCCAGAUGGAUGAUUCCAUCACCCAGACUUUAAAAGAGGCAUUCGGAGGUCAAGAAAACAAGAAAAAUCUAGUAGAUCCAUUUGUUGAAGCCUGGUUUGCUGGUAAAAAGCUCUGUACACAAAUCAUUGAGAAAAACGCAAACCCAGAGUGGAACCAACAGCUCAACCUACAGGUCAAGUUCCCGUCCAUGUGUGAAAGAAUCAAGCUGACUGUAUUUGACUGGGAUCGCCUCAGUAGGAAUGAUGUCAUAGGCACCACGUAUCUGGAUCUGACCAAAAUAGCAUCCUCUGGUGGUGAAAUUGAAGAGGAUCAUCCAGGAGACGAGUUUUCAACAUAUAAAGGAGAGACUGGGAAUUCUGAGAUGGGCUUCCUGCCUGCUUUUGGCCCGUGCUAUAUAAAUCUGUAUGGAAGCCCGAGAGAGUUCUCAGUCUUAUCUGACCCUUAUGAAGACCUUAAUUUAGGCAAGGGUGAAGGGGCGGCUUACCGAGGUAGAAUUCUUGUUGAACUCUCCACUAAACUUGAUGGGAAGGCUGACAAGUCUGUGGAAGAAAUACCAAGCGAUGAUAUCUUAGUUGUUCAGAAAUACCAGCGCAGAAGGAAGUAUUGUCUGUGUGUGGUGUUUCAUAGUGCAACUAUGAUCCAAGAAACAGGGGAGCCCAUUCAAUUUGAAGUUAGCAUCGGCAACUAUGGAAACAAGAUGGACCUAACAUGCAAACCUCUGGCUUCAACCACACAAUACAGCUGUGCUGUUUUUGAUGGUAAUAAUUACUACUACCUGCCCUGGGCCGACACCAAGCCUGUGAUUUCCAUCACAUCCUUUUGGGAGGAUAUCAGUCACCGGUUGGACUCGCUGAAUAUCCUUCUGUAUAUAUCUGACUGUUUGCAAACAAAUCUCAAUGCAUUAAAAUCUGCAGUACAGUCCAAAGCUACAGAUGCAAAGCUAGCAGAAAUCUGGCUGAAGCUCAUCAAUCAGUUAAUGGAAGAUAUCAACAGUUUCAGAAUUCCUGACAUGGAGGGGAAGCCCAAUCUCACGGCCCUGGAUAUUCAGCAAAAGAUGUUACGGGACAGUGCUUUGGAGAACAUCAUGAAGGGAGCAAAACGCAUGUUUGAGGAAGCCACAGAUGUUAAUAAUUGCUUGAGCAUCAUUGAAGGCUGGCUAGACAAACUCAAGCAACUCGCUGAGGAGCCUCAGAACAGCAUGCCUGAUGUGAUUAUCUGGAUGUUGAGAGGAGAGAAGAGGGUGGCAUACACCCGCAUCCCAGCCCAUCAGGUUCUCUAUUCAUCCUACAGUGUGCAGGCAUGUGGUCAAUACUGCGGGAAGACCCAGACUGUCUUUAUGAAGUAUCCCAUGGACAACAAAAAAGGUUUGAAGAUUCCCGUCCAGUUACGUGUGAACAUGUGGCUUGGGCUGGCAACAGAAGAGAAGAAGUUCAAUCACUUUGCAGAGGGAAUUUUCAGUGUAUUUGCUGAAUUGUAUGAGAACCAGGCUCAGGUUCUGGGGAAAUGGGGCACCACUGGUCUGCUGAAUCGCAGCAGGUUUUCUGAUGUCACAGGCAAAGUGAAGCUGAAGCAGGAGUAUUUUUUGCCCCCGGUUGGUUGGGAAUGGGAAGGUGACUGGGGUGUUGAUCCAGAGAAAACUCUGCUGACUGAGGCUGAUGCAGGACACACAGUCUUCGUGGACGAGGUCUAUGAGAACCAGACUCGAUUACCAGGAGGAGAAUGGAAGCUUGCGGCAGAGCCUUACACUGAUGUGAAUGGAGAAAAGGUUCAAAGCCCUACAGAAAUUGAAUGCCCACCUGGCUGGAAGUGGGAGGAUAACUGGACUUUUGAUGGCAACCGAGCUGUUGAUGAAAAGGGUUGGGAAUAUGGCUUCACUAUUCCACCUGAUGAUAAGCCCAAAUCCUGGGUGGCAGCUGAGAAGAUGUACCAUUUUCAUCGUCGCAGAAGAAUGAUACGACCUCGCAAAAGGAUUCCUGGAGCCAAAACUGCUGAUAAGAAGGAUUUUGGUGAUGUAGAGGGAUGGGAAUACUCCUCAUUCAUUGGGUGGAAGUUUCACAGUAAGCAGCGAUCAUCUGACACGAUCCGUCGGCGGCGCUGGAGGAGGAAGAUGACACCUUCUGGUCAGAUUGGAGCCUCGGCUAUUUUCAAACUGGAAGGAGCUCUGGGAGUUGACAUUGAAUCUAAGGGUGAUGAAAAAGGCACUAAAGCAGAAACUUCCAUUAAGCAGUUUGGAGCCAGCACACUAACAGUAUCGUGCACAUUUGACCAAUCCAACACGUACCACUUGAGAGUCUAUGUUUACCAGGCCAGAAGCCUUACUGCUUUGGACCGAGACAGCUUCUCGGAUCCAUACGUCCAUGUGUCAUUCUUGCAUCACAGCCAAACAACAGAGAUAAUCCGAAGUACCUUGAACCCGACAUGGGAUCAGACUCUUAUUUUUAAAAAUGUGGAAAUCUGUGGCGAUCCCCAGUCUAUUGUCCAGAAUCCACCGAUUGUGGUUAUGGAAAUCUUUGACAGUGAUCAAGUGGGUAAAGAUGAAAUGCUUGGCAGAAGUACAUGUGUACCUAUGGUGAAGUUGACUUCAGGCAUGGAUGCAUCUCCUAAACUCCUCUGGGAGCCUGUAACACACAAAAAUGCUCUGGCUGGGGAGAUUCUGGUGGCUGCAGAGCUCAUUCUGAAGGCCAAGGGAAAUGACACUGAACUUCCCCUUAUUCCUCCCAAACGAGGAGAGAAACUCUAUAUGGUUCCUCAAGGGGUGCGACCUGUGGUGCAACUCACUGCCGUAGAGGUUCUAGCAUGGGGAUUGCGUAACAUGAAGAUGUAUCGGUUGGCUCCUGUGACGUCACCCAGUCUGGUGGUGGAGUGUGGAGGAGAGAGAGUUGAGACAGCUGUUAUAAAAAACCUGAAGAAGUGCCCUAAUUUUCCAGGGAAUGUCUUCUUAUUAAAAGUGCUUCUACCCAGAGAAGAGAUGUAUUCUCCUCCUAUAGUGCUGAAAGUCAUUGACCACAGACCCUUUGGACGGAAACCUGUGGUGGGGCAAUGCACCAUCAAUUCCCUGGAAGAGUUUCGAUGUGACCCUUAUGCCACAGUUGCAGAAGUGGCCAUGUCUUCAAAAAUGGCUUUGAUGGCAGCUUCUCCUACAGACCUCCAUGUAAACAUAGAUGACGGCCGACAGCUUCUUCUAGAAGCCCAGCGUGAGAAGGAGAAAGAGACUGUUGAUUGGUGGAGUAAGUUUUAUGCUUCUGUUGGAGAGCGUGAGAAAUGCCGCCCAUACCUUGACAAAGGUUAUGAUACAUUGGAGGUAUAUGACCAUGAGCUUGAAAGUGUAAAAGAGUUCAUGGGUCUUAAUGAUUUCUGCAGCACCUUCAAAUUGCAACGUGGUAAAAAUGAAAGUGAUGAUGAUGACCCCGAUGUAGUUGGAGAAUUCAAGGGCUCUUUUAAGGUGUACCCACUGCCAGAUGACCCAGGGGUGCCCCCUCCGCCACAACAGUUCAGAGAGCUGCCCGACAGUGUCUCUCAGGAGUGUGUGGUCCGAAUCUAUGUGGCUCAAGCCAUCGACCUGCAACCCAAAGACAACAAUAGCAAAUGUGACCCAUAUAUCAAAAUCUCUUUGGGGAAAAAGUCUUUUGAUGACAGGGACAACUAUAUACCAUACACACUUAACCCAGUGUUUGGAAGAAUGUUUGAACUGACAUGCUUCCUCCCACAAGACAAAGACCUGAAAAUUGCCGUCUAUGACUUUGAUUUGCUCAGCCGUGAUGAGAAAGUUGGGGAAACUGUGAUUGACUUGGAGAACCGUCUUCUUUCUCGCUUUGGUUCCUACUGUGGUUUACCCCAGACAUACUGCAUCUCUGGACCAAACCAGUGGCGCGAUCAGCUCAGUCCAUCUAAGAUUCUUGGACAGCUUGCCCGAUGGAAAGGAUUGAGUCCACCCAGGAGUGAAGACAAUGGAAACACGUUAUCCUUUGGUGGCCGAUUGUACUGCCUCUCUGACUUUGAAGCAAACAAGGAAAUUCACGAACACCUGGGUCCUCCAAGUGAACGGAUCGCUCUGCACGUCCUGAGAACCCAAGGCCUGGUUCCGGAGCAUGUUGAAAGCAGAACUCUUUACAGUAGCUUCCAACCGACUCUCCCACAGGGAAAACUGCAGAUGUGGGUAGACAUUUUCCCAAAAAGUCUUGGGCCUCCUGGACCUCCUUUUGACAUAUCUCCACGCAAAGCAAAAAAGUAUUUUCUGCGCGUCAUUGUUUGGAACACUACUGAAGUAGUUUUGGAUGACACCAGCAUUACUGGUGAAAAUAUGAGUGACAUCUAUGUAAAGGGUUGGAUGCCAGGUAUGGAAGAAGAUAAGCAAAAAACAGACGUCCAUUACCGAUCUUUGGAUGGCGAUGGGAAUUUCAACUGGAGAUUUGUCUUCGGAUUUGAAUACUUGCCUACAGAGCAGCUGUGUCUUGUAUCUAAAAAGGAACAUUUCUGGAGCCUUGACAAAUCCGAGUUUAGAAUCCCACCCAAGCUUAUUGUUCAAAUUUGGGAUAAUGACAAAUUCUCUCUGGAUGAUUACCUGGGUGCUGUUGAACUUGAUCUGCACCACCUCAUCAUCCCUUCCAAAACACCGAAAAAAUGUAACCUUAGCAUGAUCCCUGAUGGAACCACACCUGGAAAGUCAGACCAACUGAAGUCUCUCUUUGACCAGAAGUCAGUUAGAGGAUGGUGGCCGUGCUACAUGGAUAAAGACGGCAAGAGGGAACUCGGUGGAAAGGUUGAGUUGACUUUGGAGAUUGUGAAUGAGAAGGAAGCGGAUGAGAGACCUGCUGGAAAAGGCAGAGAUGAACCAAAUAUGAAUCCAAAACUGGAUCCUCCCAAGCGACCUGAAAUGUCAUUCUUUUGGUUCUCAAAUCCAUGCAAGACGUGCAAGUUCAUAGUGUGGCGAAGAUUUAAGUGGGUGAUCAUUGGCCUUGUUGUGCUAAUCUUAGUGCUGUUAUUCAUUGGGAUCUUGUUGUUUUCAUUACCGAACUAUAUUUCCAUGAAAAUCGUCAAACCCUUCAAUUAAGUUCAGGAGGAGUUCAACUUUUUUGUCAUUUUAUCCAUGUAGUUGGCAUGAUCUAGGUUUCAGAAAUGGUCAAUUUUCUUAAUGGGGUUUGCACCAUCAAUACAGUGUUUAUGUUGUGAUUGUUCAUGUGGUUGUUUAAGUAUUUACCUUGAAUCACUUUUUGCACCAAUAUUAAAUUAAUCAUGAAUUUGCACUUGUUGGUUGAUAUUUGAUAUGUUUAGAAACAUUUGUGCAUGCAAGGUGUUUUCUAUUGCGGACAAAAAUGUUGUUAUUGCAUUAUAACCUCUUGAUCAUUUUAAAGCUGACUGAUUAAAAAAUGUUAAAUAAAGAUGUUAAUGUUUGUAUAAACUGUAUAUUUGUUAGUAGGAACUUCAGUUAGUUAUUUUGCCAUUUUCACCAACAUAAAUUGAAAAUGAAUAUGACAUUUUAUCCAUAAAUUGGUGCAAACAUGGUUUUUAUGAUACUAUGUUGUAUAACCAUAAGGGCAUAAAGUGCACAUAUAACAGUGUAUCAAAGUCAGAAAUUAACCCUUUUAUAUAGUUAAGCAAUAUCAUGCAAGCAAGAGUGCCAUUUUCCCUGACAUUUCUAUGAUUGGAAAUUAAAUAUAAAUUUUAUAAAACAAUUCGAUAAACAAAGUUAAUACUUGAAAUAUAACUACAGCCUUAAUGUCAUGUACACAUACCCACACACACAUACACACAC